AUGUAUGGACCCCGCGCUUCAAGUCAGAGCAGAGGCAGCUACCAGCCGCGUCCAAACAUCUACUACGAGCGACAUGUGCCCGUCGAGAGAGAGCAGCUCGAUGAUUUAUAUCAGAGCUUCGAGGAUAUGCGCCUCAACGAUGCGCAUAGUUGCGAAAUUCACGAGCGGGAUGAGCGGCGCAGGCAUUCUCGCCCGCCCCCAGCAUAUGAGAGAUACCCACAAGAAACAAGACGAUUCAGCCAGGCUUACGAGGAUGAAUAUGGUCGGCCAGUUGCUGGUCCCACACCCAGUCGUGUCUACAGUUCAGGGACCAGGAGAAGUCAGUAUGCGCCGCCACCAGUGGGGGAGUAUUCGGGGAUGCGAGAAGCUCUUGCACGAGAAGACGUCGAUGCAGAGGGACACCACCAUGAGCGCCGCCACAUGCGGCCACGGGGACAGACAAUCGACGAGCCUUGGGUCUAUCGUCGACCAGCCGUAAGAGAGGUGCCGUCGCGACGCCACUCAACCAGGGACAGCUUCUACCCACCACGUGACUGGCAUGAAAGUCAAGAUCUCCCCUUUGAGGAACAUGUCCCGGUCUCACCUGUCCGAGUUCAUCCAGGCGCUAGAAAUUUCUCCAGACCAAUCGGAGAUGCCCCCGCCAGAUCUUCUCAGACUCCAGACCAUCGGCUCGGAGAUGCACGACAAACUCCAACGAGGACUACAUGGUAUUGUUCGUCCGAAGAAGAAGAAGAGGCACUACAGAGCCCCAAGAUUGAGACACCGGAGCGUACAUCAACAAAUACACGAUUGAGAGAUGUUGCCAAUGUGGCUGAUGCCGAGAGACAGCCGCGAGAUCCCAAGGUGGGCAUUUACAUCAAUACUGGCCACCAAGAGAGCCACCAAUCACCACCACCGCGAGCCCGUGGGACCACCACUACUACUACAGUAGCAGGCGGCAGCAGCACACCCACCACCAUAGUCGUUGACGAGGAUAAAGGCAGCGGCUCUACCCGCGAGCGACGUCGUAGACAUUAUGCAAACGAGAGCGAAGGUGGUUCUCGAAGAGAGCGAGACUCGAGACGCUCCACCCGAGAGCGUGAGCGUUCGAGCCGUCAUCACACAUCGGAUGAACCGAGCAACCGUCGUCACAAGUCAUCUUCGUCAAGGCGAAAGAGCACCCAUGCACCAUUAAAGGAGCAUAACUCGUCGUGCAUUCCGCAGUAG